CAGGUCCUCUUUAUAAACAUGGCCGUUAAGUCCUUACAGCAUCAGGUUCUGCGUUUGUCUGUAUCAGUUAGACAUUCAGGAAGUCCCUGAGGGUAGCUAGUGCAGUAACAGGUGGAAAGAAAAUGUAGACAUUCGACCGACGCAUAUGCAUUAUUUUUCCGUUCUUUUAUAUCUGCGUGGGAACAACAUUUAUAAACUUCAUAAAGUACUUUAUGCUAGCUAGCUAGCGAAGCUAACACCGACGUCUCAACGUUAACUCCUGUCAACUUUUCCCAGCUACAUAAUCUGCUCCCUGACAGUUUAUCGACAUGGAGGAGUGCCGUCGUGCGCCUGGCUCGUCUCGAUGAAUAUUUUACACAGGGAGGUGUCGGAUUUACUCAGCUGACUAAACUUUAUUGAAGGCUCCUUUUGGGUUGUUGUUUUUUUCCACUGGAAACAGCCAACUGCUGAGGGCGGACAUAAACAAUGUUUUCUGUCAAACCCAUGAAACCAACCUUCAAGAGUUAUCUUCCUCCCGUUCAGACUGAUGUGAAGAAAACUUUUGAACCACCUAUUAAAAAGCUGGAGCCAAAGUUACUUCAAGGGGAGAUUGUAGUUAAUGAAGUGAACUUUGUGAGGAAAUGCAUCAGCGCUGAGAGCAGCCAGGACGACCUUUGGGGGAAGUUGAUCUGCACCAACUUCAAGGUCUCCUUCAUCCCUCAAGAUGCCUCUUCCAAACAGAAGUCCCAGCUGUCCCACCUCCUGCUUGGAGAUCACGACAUACCCCUCACCUGUCUGGAGCAAGUAGUAACAGUUAAUGAUACAAAAGGGAAGAAGAAAGUGUUGGGGUCAAACCAGAAGCUGAAGUUUAACCCGACGGAGCUCAUCCUCUACUGCAAAGACCUGCGCAUCAUAAGGUUCUGCUUUGGCGAGGCUGGGCCUGAGGGGGCCAAAAAGGUUUGCCUUGCUAUUGCCCACUAUUCCCACCCAGCUGAUCUUCAACUGCUGUUUGGCUUUGAGUACCAAGGGCGGCGCUAUCAUGAAUCUAAAGGGGAGCGAGUCAAUGGUUCCACCCCACGUGAAGGAUUACGGACCCCCAUAUUUGACCGCCCCUCGGACCUGGAUCGGGAGAUCAAGAGAACAGGAGCAUCAGAGUGGAGAGUGUGCUCCAUCAACGAGGGCUUUGCCAUCUCACAAAGUCUCCCAGAGUACAUUGUGGUCCCGGUCUCUCUGGCAGACGAGGAUCUAAAGAAGUAUUCCGUAUUCUUCACUGACCAGCGCAUCCCUCUCUGGUGCUGGAAUCAUCCAAAUGGAAGUGCUCUGGUCCGCAUGGCCGUCAUAAGUGAUCCAUUGCAGCAGAGGAGGAUCGAUCAGAAGGUCUUCACUGCCAUCACAAAAAGCCACCCACAGCGCAGUGAAGUCCUCAGGUCAGAUCUGGACAAGUGUCUGCCCAACAUCCAGGACAUCCAGAGUGGUUUUGUCAAAGUCAGGCAGAUCUGCGUCAUAGAUCAUUUUGAGGAGUCAGACGAGAGGUGGUUCUCAUCUAUUGAAAACUCAAGAUGGCUGGAGUAUGUGAGGGCUUUCCUGAAGCACUCAGCAGAGAUAGUGUACCAGCUGGAUGGAAAGAAUGCUUCAGUCAUUCUUCAAGAGGAGGAGGACAGAGACCUGAACUGUGUGGUGUCCUCCCUGGUGCAGCUCAUGUUGGACCCUCACUAUCGCAGCCUCGUUGGCUUUCAGAGUUUGGUGCAGAAGGAGUGGGUGAUGGCUGGCCAUCGCUUCUUAGACAGAUGCAACCACUUAAAGAAGAAUGACAAAGACGAGUCCCCGCUGUUCUUGCUGUUCCUGGACUGCGUGUCGCAGAUGAUGAGCCAGUACCCGGCAGCGUUCGAGUUCACAGAGUCCUAUCUGACUGUCCUGAGUGACAGCAUGUGGAUCCCACUCUUCAGUACUUUCCUCUUCAACUCUUCCAAACAGCAAGCUAAGCACUUGAUGGACUUUGCCAAGAAUAAAGCCAUCCCUCACGGAGAAGACCAGGUUGUGUACUUCCCUCCGGUUUGGGACUGGUCGCAGCAGUUCUCCCCCAAAGACCAAACCCUCUUCAACAACCCCAUGUACGUCGGCAAAGGAGCGGCCUGCGUUCAGAAUGGAGAAGUGAAGACCUUCAGACGCACAAAGAAGGCGUACAGCCACACGCUGCGAGGGAUGCCUGCGUCUCUGCGCAAUGGGACGAAGGUCGGGGAAGACACGUUGACCCGGCGGGGCUCCCUGGUGUCGGAGCUGAGGUCUGAUUUCUCCCCCGUUAAAGACGAAAGCCCGUCGGAGCGCUUCUUCAGAGACUGGUUCUCUCGCCCCACGGACCAGCAGGGCCUCCUCAUCCCGCUGCUCGUGCCCUCGCACCUCGCUCUCUGGAAGCUCUACUUCCUGCGCUGGGUUCCUGAAGCCUGCAUCCCCAAAGGAGGCCCCGUCACCGCUUACCGCAAGCUCUCCCAACUGGUCGACGAAAUUGAGAUUCUGCAGAACCGGCUCAGGCAGUAUAAAGGACGUGGUCCCGGCAACGGGCCUCUCCCCAGCCCAAGUGGGCCCCUCUCAGACCAAAGGAGGAUGUAUUUUAAGGCCAGUUCCCCACAUGACCCCCCUUCACCUUCUGACGUCCUUACCUCCUCCUUCCCCUUCUCUCCAACGGGUAACCUGUGUCGCGGCGGUAACCAUGGGACCCCCAUUAGCAAAUUCCUGAACGGGGCGAGGAUCUGGCUCUCUACGGAGACUCUGAACGACACUGUCUGAAGAGGGGGAGGGGGUUUGUGUAACAAUAAACCUUCUUAUUUUAUUUUUCCUCUUUCUUUAAUACUAAGAAGGAAAAUGGAAAAAAUUAAACUUUGGAUUUCUGAUAUAUUAAUUAUUUAUAAGCUAGCAGUAGCACGAUGCUGCAUUGAAAUCUGAGGUCCUUUCUAGCCUGAAGCGCCCUCUAUAGGACUGAAUCCUUAAUCACCAUUACAGCAGAGGAAAUUAGAUGAUCUAAAGCACAUCCUCCUUAUUGGCCAAGGAGUUGUUGUUGUUGUUGUUGUGAGGUCUCCUGACUGCGAAAGAUUGUAAUACAAAUUGUUUUAAUAUAAUUAUUUUUUGGAUCUUCUUGCGGUCUUUCUCGAGAUUAGUUGGAUGACUGCUCUUUUCUGUUGAGCGUCCUGUACGACCAGAAUGAAGAGCGCUUUUGGAGAUGUUUAUAUUGAGUUGAGAGCCUUUACCUUUUGACACAUUUUCACUGGUCAAUACGACAUCCCCACUGUUAUGGAAAUGAGAAAUGUUAUCCACAUAUAAAUGCUUUGAAUUAGAAAAUGCCCGUUUUUUUACUGCAGCAUUAAUGAUGCAUUUUCACCGAACCAACUAAUCCAUUUGUUUUGUACCUUCCAGGAAAAGAAAUGUACAAUAUAAUAACUGAUGUAGUUUUUACUUUAGAAAGAGGAACAGAAAAUAACACUGCUUCUACAUAUUGUAGAUGUGUUAAAACAAAGAGGAUCUGUCAUGGCUGAAUGUAAUGGGGCGUUUUUCCUUUGCAUAAGCUUAAUGCUAUUUGCUCCAAGUGCCCAUACAACUAUGGUUAUAUUGAAAGUCUCACUCUGUGCAGCAAAUAGUGUGAUUUGAGGGUUUGGCUUUGUAGAUUUACGCUAUUUUUGAAGCCGAGAAAAGGGCCUAUACUUUCAGUAUCAUAAAGCAGGUGAUAUUCAGAGGGCAACGUGGAGAUGUGAGAGCUUCAAUCUGUGGUAGAUAUUUCCUCUUCUCUUUCUGAAGGGGUUCUAUUCAACUUUUAUACAGGCCUUCUGGUAAGGCUCUAAUUAUAAGAAGAACAAACUGUUCAUAACAACAGUACCUGCAUGGGUAAAUAUUUUAAGCAAAAGGACAGACAAGGGCUUUGAUUCAAACCAGUCUCUAGUUUGGAUGGCACUGAUCCAAUUAACCAGACCGUAAUGGGUUGAUGACGAGUGACAAGAACAUAUCAGCAUUAAGCACCUGGAUAGCAAUGUGUGAUAUUUUGUCCACAAUGACUUCAGUUCACACUGGUUGUUAAAGGAAGGCCUGAUACAAAGGGAAAGGCUUAACAUACUGUAUGUAGCUUUAACAAUAGUCACUUUGAAUAACUUGUGUUCUUGUUUUUUUGCCAGAUAAUGCUUCUCUGGUUAUAGGAAUAAUGUAAUAAAGUACAAGUAGUGAUUCUGUACUUUCAGUCAGGGUAGUGAUGGCAAGGUUAGUGAGUUAAGAUGUUCACAGGUUUAAAUGAGGAAAUCAGAGACAUUUUCAAGCAAGCUAAAGUUCAAGUGCUCUGCAAAGACUUCUGGAGAUCCUUUCAAAGUGUCUGCUGAACUAGAGAGGGGUUUGAGAUGAACCAGGGGAAAUGGAUCAGUCAUCCAGAUCCCAUUUAAACUAGGGAGGAAUUAGCACUGUGUAAUGUCUUUUCAUUUCUUAAAAUAACAGUACAGCAUUUAAUAUAUACAUUAAUACCACUGGACAGUCUCAACAUCUGUCCUCCAACACAGGAGCAUCCACCCUUAGACGCUAGAUUGAACACGUUUCUAUAGCAAUAACUAACUAGUUCAGGUGUUUGUUUUUUUAUAAAGAAGUGUGUA